AUGUUUCAAGUGCAGGGUCCGCAGGCGAAAAUGCGACGAAGGGAAACCAGCCUGUCAGCGUUUGUCGUCCCAGAGUCGACUGCAGCCAAGCCUGGUGUUCAGUUCCAGGAAGAUGAAGCAACCUCGAAUGAGCCCGAGAAGAGGCUGAGCACGCCUGUUGAACCAAAGUCGGCAUCCCCAAAGGAGAAUCUCAUCCAACAGCAGCCUGAACCUCCAGCAUUGAUCAGCCCCAGUCUUGGAGAUUAUAGCGCCACCUCUCCCCAUGCUUCAGGUAGUCAUGAACUGCAGGAUCCCAGCAGCUACACCAUUGGCAUCUCGCCAUCCAAUGCUGCCUAUGAGACUGCCCUCGAUGGGCUGCUGUCGUUAGGGAACGAUCACUAUGUUCCUCAAUCAGCUUCCGUCACCUCCCAGGUCACUGCCAAUGGAGGCUUUUUCGAGUCUCCCAACCACGGCCAACACCAUGCCACUCCAACCCAGUUUGACAUGAGGGAUAAGCCCCUGGCUGAGAUCUUUCCCAAUUGUCUCCAUAUGCCCCAGGAUCGUGCAGUUGAGCUGCUGCGACACUACAGAUAUCACAUUGCUCCAUGGACCUUUGGCCUCUUGGUACCGCGCAUCGCUAUGGACUCUGCUCCCCUUCUCGACUCACUUUUGUCUCUCUCCCUGACGACCCUCGGAGGCCAUGUCGAACCUGACUUUGGGGAACAACUGAUCUUACCGUCUGAUCCAAACAACUCGAGUACCGACAUUUUACGCAAUGCCUUGACUUUUGCUUUUAUUGCCCUCCGUCGACAUUUCAUUACUCCCCCAACUUCAUGGCAGAGUCCAUCCAAGAGCGUGGGCUUUGAUUCUUUAAACUCGGCCUCUUUUCAGGAGCAGCAUCCCUCUGUCGCAUUAGCUACUUCUUGGAUGAUGCUACGACUCAAUCUUAGCGUUGGCCUCAUGAACGGCUCCCCCGUGUCCAUCCCCUCACUCAUCUCGUUCGAGACCUCUUCACCCAUGAACGGAAUAUACAGGGAAUCUCUUAAAUACGAUCGGGAACCGGUUAUCCUAUGCGCUCAGGUCCUCAAUUACUGCUUCGGAGGCGACGUCGCAACGUCUCCUGGCAUGAUCCGUCCGACUGCCGCUCAGAGAUGGAAAUCCUUUUCCGAGGCUCUGAAAAUGUGGUACACGAACCGUCCUCGAGAUUUCAAGCCCAUGCUGGAGAUUGAUGACAAUGAGCAACUAUUCCCUCUUGUCCUCUUCACCAAUGGGGCGGCCGUCUUGGCCAACCAACUCUAUCACACCUCAAUGUUGCUGCUGCUCCAGAAUCGGCCGCGAACACUUCCAAAGGAGCACGGCCGGUCGGUGUAUCUCUCUCCCUUGUGGCACGCUCAGCGAAUAUGCGGCAUCAGCUUGAACAAUGACACUCGAACCAGCUGGGACUUUAGUCUUCUGGCCUCGUUGUAUCUCGCCGCCAAGAGGAUGACCUAUGAGCCCCAGCAGCAUGCGAUUCUGCGUGGGAUUGACCGCAUCGGAUCUCUGACGGGUUGGAAUGUAAACGCCCUCUCGGCGCAGCUAGUCCAUGAGUGGCAGCCGGAUUAA